AUGAACAUUUAUAUAUUACGUUGUACAACAGCAGAAGAAAAAUAUAAAAUCAAAUGUUAUGUUAAUAAUGAUGUCAAAUUUAACUUUAAUCGUGAUAAAGCAUUUGAUGAAAAAGGAUCUAUGAGUCCUUAUAUAUAUAAAGCUGAAGUAGAUUUAAUUAUUAACAAACAAGAUCAUCUAUUUCUUAAACUUCAAAAUGGUUCACUACCUAUUCAAAAUUAUCGAUUACGUCUUUCACGUAGAAUUCCUCAAACUGAGAAAACAUAUCGUGAUUAUAAUGAUGACAAAGAACGAUAUUUUGAUAAUCCUCGUUCUACUCAACAUUAUUUUCUAUUUGAUGUUAAUUUCGCUAGAAAUUUCGCGGAUGGUCCUCCAGGAUAUAAUGUACCUUUUUGGAGUCAAUUAUGUUUAUAUACUUUUUAUAUUAUUCGCUAUGAAAUGUAUGAUGUUUUUGAUAGUUUAAUUGAACAAUUUCAAAGAUUUAUUCAAGAAUAUCAACCUAAAUUAACACGUGAAGAAUUUUGUGAUUUUUUUCAAACUUGUUUUACACAUUUAUUCUAUGCAAUGUCCGGUAGAUUCAAACAACAUAUUGCUGAUAAAUUUAUUAUUUGUAUAAGCGGACUUUUACCAAUAACAAAGACAAAUUUUGAUUUAAUGAGUAACUUUACUCUAAAUUUUACAAAAGCAUUUAUUGAAGAUGUUACAGAACAUUACGAUCAUAUUUUCGAAACAGUUGAAUCAAACGAAUGGCCAUUAUUUCGUGAUGGUUUCGUUCUGUUUCUUUCCAUUGAAUUAUUAUCUAGAUCAGCAGAUACCAUAAAUUUAAUAAAUCGAAUGAAAAAUGAUGAAUGUAAAAAAGAUCUCGCUAACGUAUUAUUACAACGACUUGACGAAUUACAAAAACCAAUUUUGGGUUUAAAUUGGACAGAUUUAUUUCAACUUGUAGAUCCAAAUAUUCUGACAUUGAGACAACUUAAAUUAACAAGAUCAAUACAAGUAUAUAUUACGUGUUUAAUCCAAAUUAUAGCAAUAAAUAAAAAUGAAAUGGACAUUAAUGAUACUAUAAUUCGCCAAUUCGAUCAACUUGUGUUUGAUGAUCAUUUACCAAUUGAUCUCGAAAGUAUUAAAUUUUUACUUAAAUUUUUACCAGUUGAAUCAACUGAGUCUGACGAAGAUUCAAAAUAUAUUCUACAAACAGUCAAUAAAGCUAUUGAAUCAAGUAUAACAUUACGUGCAAAAAUAAAGAACUAUUUAUAUGCAUUAGAAACAACAAUUCAACAAUUUAUUGAUAUUCGUUUUAUUAUAAGUUGUCAAUCGAAAUCAAUUAUAUUAUUUAAUAUUGAUAAGCAAGAUUUAUUAAUUCAUUUAUUAUCUAAUGCUCAUACAUCAUACUCAUAUGAAUUUUUCAAACAAUGGUUUCAUUCAUUUUUGUUAUUCAAUGAUCAAAUAGAUGAUCGAAAAAGAAAAGAUUAUCAAGAUUUACUUCAACAUUGGUCUAGUCUCAUUACAAGAUCUCAUGAAAUAAUGAUAAAAAUUAUGAUGGAUAUCGAUGGAUUAAUUAAUAAUUUUGAAAAUAAAGAUUAUCAAUUAAUUUUUAUUCAUCACAUGAUUAAACUUUGUUUUCUACAAGGAUCUAUUUAUCGUAUUAUAUCCGAAGGUUUAGUUAAUGUUUCUAAUGAAUUAUUUCGUGAUCAAUUUAAAAAACAAUUUGCAUUAGAUUGUCUAAAUAUUUCUCAAGAUAAAUUAAAACAAAUAUAUAAUCCUGAAAAUCCUUUGUAUUAUUUAAUUAAUAUAUAUAAAGAGACUAAAGGUACAAGUCAAUUAGUUAAUGAUUUGAUUUGUUUAACGACAAAUAAAAUUCAAUUUAAUAUUAAUGAAAUUUUACGUGAUGGAUUUGAAAAACCAACUCGUACAUCAUGUAUUUAUGCAGUUUUAUUUGAAGAUUACUUUAAAGGUUCUUUAUUAAAUCAAACGAUAAUUGAUCAAUUACUUGCAUUAUGGAAUACAUGGGAAGAUGAAGGUUUUCGCGCUAAUCAACUACAAAGUUGGAAAAAAUUUUCUGAUGAAGAACGUCAAAUAGUUCAACGUAUUUGGAAUUAUGUUAGUGAAAAAGCUAAAAAACAAUUUCAAAUUGAUUCAUUAAUUGAUAAACAUCGACGUGAAAUGGAUGAAAAAAUUCAAAUAAAAGAAAAAAUUACAAAAUGUUUAGAUAUUUAUUGUCAAAAUGCUUGUGAUAAACAAUUAUAUUUUGAUCUAUUUUCUGAUAUAGAAAGUCAAUUUAAAUCUGAAAUAAUUCGUUCGAUUAAAAUUCCAGAUGAAAUUCAAAUACUUCUACCACUUGCUAAUCGUCUUAAUCCAUUAGAAAAAUUAUAUGCUUGGAAAACAUUCUUAGCGGAAAAUCGAACAGGUUAA